AUGCAAGAAGUUUAUGAAAAAUAUCCAUCUUUAUGUUUCUCAUUAAGAGCCUUCGAAGAUGAAAUUACAGCUAAAUUAGCUGUUUAAGAAUGUGCUAAACAUGAAUUAUUAAAUCCUUAUCCUAUUUUGAUAAGUCCAAAUAGUAUUGUUGCAUAAUUCACUAUUACUGUUGCUGUUCUUGCUAAUAGCACUAUCUAAAUUUCAGGAUUAAAAUUAGAUGAAACUAAAUUCAAGUCUGCACACGAUCUCAAUGAUCCUACACUCAAAGAAUUAUUGAAAGUAUUUUUAUCUUUUAUUCUUUAGUUACCUAUGGAUAAGGAUUCAUAAAAAAAAAGACAUUUAGAGCAAAAAUAAAAAGCUUGAUAAAG